AUGCAAAGUAUUGGGCAUGACCUUCGCCGGGGACUGAAUAACUUCUCCUUUGGCAACAACUACAAAAACAUCAACAAAUGGCUGGGUGAACUCAAAAACCUCGAUUCCUCCUACAAAACCCUCGACAAGGAGAUAACUUCGAAUGCAAAACUCAUCUCAGGAUGGGGCUGCAACGAGGGCGACGACCUGACCGAUGUUUGUCAACGCAUGACUCAGCUCAUGGAGGAGGUUGGACUCAUCCAUCAAGCUUACUCAAUUCAUCAUACUGCUUACCGCAAAAAGAUCAAAAGCCUCAAAACUCAGGAAAUGACCCUAGACGAUCAGGAAUUAACGUCUUGUAUUCUUACCUCACUCUUUGUGCCCUCUGUGCCCAACCUUCAAUAUCAUCAGAACCGCAAAAAGAAGCAUGAUCUGACAAACCAGAUCGCCAAGCAUCAAAAAUCGAGCAAGGAAAAUCCUAUCAAGAUGUUGGAACUGCAGAGCGCUUAUGAGCGUGUCUCAGCUGAGUUGCUGGUUCAGGAGCUUGAGUUGCUUCAAUUCAAGCGGGUGACCAUCCAAGAUGCAUUCAACGCCCAGCUUGAUGCCAUGAUCGAGUUUGGUGAAAAGAUGGCGCUUAUUGCAGGCUAUGGUCGUCAGAUCACUAAUGUCAUCGAUGUUGGGCCACAGGAAGCACAUAGGACAGCACUCUACAGCGGAGCGGAAUAUACAGCAGCAGCAAUCAACCAGGUCAAGGUCGCAGUCACCAGCUGGCAGCCUCAGCCCGUGGGUAACCCUAUCCGAUCCCAUGUGGGGCCAUCCCAAGACGAACUCGCAAUGUCUGGAGCUGCGGUUGCCUACAAUAGCAGAACCUCACCCUUGAACAGCUAUGAAGAAUCUCACUCACCUGACGAUGAGCUAAACGACCACGAGUUCCAUGACGGUGUUGCAAUCGACAAGAACUCAGGCUACUGGAAUGAGGUGCAAAUGCUGAAAGCGAACCCCAGUCAGACCAGCCUAAACGACGGUCAUGGAAGCGACUAUGAUAAUUGGAAGCAGGAGCUCCACGGGGCAACGGAUCGAUCUGAUGACUAUAUAUCCCCACCCGCUUCGAACCCAGAUGCGUCGCCGUACAUUCCUUCGCAGCAGAUGAAUCAAUUGCAGGAACAGCAGCGGCAAUUACAGGUGGAGCAGCAACGUGUCCGUCAGCACAGUCAUUCGUCGUAUUCACCCAAGCCUUCGCCCUCCCAACAACACUAUCAAAACGCAGCUUCCUCGGUAGCCACGAGUCUUAGACAUUCCAGCAUGGAUAAUUAUGGUAGUCCAGGAGGAGGAGGAGGAUCAGGACGCCCAUUCACACCUGCGAUGCUGCGGCGAGGCGAUACAGCAGAUCAGUACCCAUCAUCAAGCCCUAGUCCCAGCUAUAGUAGCUACCAGCAGCAACCAGCGUCAUACGAGAGCAGCCUGUCCCCAGCGCCGGCGCGGGGCUACAGACUAGGGUUCGCUGACCCACGGGAACGUAAUAGGACGGAUAAGAUGGACAACUCAGAACUUUACAAGACGGAGUUUCAGCCGACUAUAGCCUCGCGGUUCACUCGGACACCAAUGAUCAUGGACGAGAAAUAG